AACACGUCUUGAACUCGAAUGCGCUGUAUUGUAUUCUUAGACAUCUUGUAUAACGCUUUUCCCUUGCUCGUCGCGUAUCCGUUUUGGACAUGUGCUUGGAUUUCUGCACUUCUCGCGGCGUAUCAAUAUCGACGGAUAGAAUGGUGUGGGAUGGGAUUCGGAAGGAGGGAGGGAUAGGAUUGGAAAGCUAUAGCGGGCGCAGUGGGGACAGACCUCGCCAUGAAUCUAGGGAAAGGCAUGUCGCGUGUAAAACAAUGUCAUCUGUUCUGUGGGUUUGAUACCAGUAUUGACGAGCAAACUAGACAAUGAGGAGAAGAAAAAUAGUGUCAACGCACGUCUAGCUAUCC